GGUUACAUUUACUGAGUUAUUCCCCUUAGUUAGGUCUAUAUAUUUCUAGUUUGCCAGUAGAGGGUGUUCUAUCAGUUCUCUGAUUGGUCAACUUCAAACCCUGUCUUCCCAGUUGUUACAAUGGAAGGAGAUUAUUCGCCUCCUUCUCAAAGGAAGUUUCCCAGACGUGGACGAAAACACUUCGAUGAUGGACCUGAUUCCGAGAAAUUCAGGAAACUUUUCAUUGGCGGUCUAAGUUAUGAUACCAAUGAAGAAAGUUUGAAGAAAUACUUCUCAAAAUGGGGUGAUAUUGUUGACUGUGUAGUGAUGAGAGACCCCAAUACUAAAUGGUCUAGAGGGUUUGGCUUCAUUACUUACAAAAAUGUGAGUGAAGUUGAUGAAGCUCAGAAGAAUAGACCACAUUCUUUGGACAACCGUGAAGUUGAGACCAAGCGUGCUAUGCCGAGAGAUGAUGCUGAAUCUCAAGCUACUGUCAAGAAAAUGUUUGUUGGUGGUCUUAAAGAAGACAUCACAGAUGAUCAGUUACGGGAGUUUUUUGAACCCCAUGGCAAAAUAGCAAACAUUGACUUGAUUACCGAUAAAACCACUGGCAAGAAGAGAGGAUUUGGUUUCAUUUCCUUUGAAGAUUAUGAUACUGUGGACAAACUUGUCUUGAAAAAGUACUUGACUUUAAAUGGAAAGCAAAUUGAAGUGAAGAAGGCUCUGUCUCGCUCUGAAAUAAACAAUAGCAGAAUGGGUGGUGGACCUGGCUAUGGUGGUGGUGGCGGCGGCGGCAGUGGAGGUCCUCGAGGUGGACGAGGUGGCAAUGACGGUCCUGGCCCCAUGAGAGGUGGUAUGGGUGGAAGAGGUGGCUCUGAUGGUGAGUGGUCUCCUGGAUUUGGUAGAGGCUUUGGAAGAGACAACUUUGGUGCUGGAGGUGGUUAUGGAAAUUUCGGAGGUAGCGGUUAUGGUGGUGGUGGUGGAGGAGGACCUGGUGGGGGUGGUUAUGGAGGGGGUGGAGGACCUGGUGGUGGCGGCGGUUAUGGAGGGGGUGGAUAUGGUGGAGGUGGAGGACCCAGUGGGAACUAUGGACCUGGUGGAGGUGGCGGAGGGCCUGGUGGAUAUGGUGGUGGCGGUGGCUAUGGAGGUGGAGGUGGUGGAGGACCCGGUGGA